GUUUGGUGGAAAACACAUCAUCUUCCAUACUUGCCCUUUUCAUUCAAUAAGCCGCUUUAUUCAUUACGCAUCAGUGCUCUUUCUUACUCUCAACUCCCACCCGAUCUUUGUCUCGUGAACUCGGUCCUUUUCCCGCCUAUUAAACAAAGCCCUCCAAAUGCAGAUGCUUUCUCAAUCUCACUUCCUUUCUCUAUAUCCCCGCAACUCUUCACCUCUUUCCUCAUCAUUCUCCGCCUUCUCCGGCGGCUGUAAUACCCGGAAAAUCGUCUCCGGUUCGCUUGCUUUUCAACAUUCCGGUAUCCAUUCGUUCCCGAUCUCGCACGGAAUCAAAUUGGCGUCGCCUGUGAUGACUUCGAAUUGUGUGCUUCCUUCUAAUCAAGCACAAAUCGUUGAUUUUGGAGUUGAGGACUCUGAGCUCGGCAAAUUCGCAGCUGUUGGUAACAAAAUUGCUGAUGCUGCUGGUGAAGUAAUCCGUAAAUACUUCAGGAAAAGCUUCGAUAUUCUCGAUAAAGAAGAUUUAAGUCCGGUAACAAUUGCUGAUCAAGCGGCGGAGGAAUCCAUGGUGAAGAUAAUUCAAGAAAAUUUCCCGUCCCAUGCAAUUUAUGGAGAGGAGAAGGGAUGGAGGUGUCAAGAGGAAACUGCAGAGUAUGUUUGGGUUUUAGAUCCAAUAGAUGGUACUAAGAGUUUCAUCACAGGGAAACCUGUGUUUGGCACUCUUAUUGCUCUGUUGUACAAAGGUAAACCGAUUCUUGGCGUUAUUGACCAGCCUGUACUGAGAGAGAGGUGGAUUGGUUUAAGCGGGCGACGAACUACCUUGAAUGGGCAAGAAAUAUCCACACGCAACUGUUCAAGUCUUUCAAAAGCCUACAUGUACACUACUAGCCCACAUUUGUUCGAAGGGGAUGCUGAGAUUGCCUUUGCUCGUGUUAGAAGCAAGGUGAAAGUUCCACUGUACGGAUGUGACUGCUAUGCUUAUGCCCUAUUGGCUUCUGGAUUUGUGGAUCUUGUAGUAGAGUCUGGUCUUAAGCCGUACGACUUCCUCUCACUUGUACCAGUAAUAGAAGGUGCUGGAGGAACAAUAACCGACUGGAAAGGCCAACAUUUUAAUUGGAAAGCUUCUGCUGGUUCACCAGCCACAAGUUUUAAUGUAGUGGCAGCCGGUGAUAAAGAAGUUCACCAAGAAGCUCUGGAUGCAUUGCAGUGGCGGUAGAGGCUGCUAUGUUUCACUGUAUUGGCUCACAACUCCCUUUGGCGAAUAUCAUAGUUAUUGAUUACUUUGCCGCUGAGUCUCUACAUUAAUUUUAACUUUUGAAUCAAAUUAUGGUGGUCCUCUGUUGAUAGUUAUUUAAUCAGAAUGCUUACUUGCAUUUCCA